AGGCUCGUAGGUGCCCUUUUCAGGGCCAGUUUUCCAUGCGCACGGCUGGAGGUUGCGAUGCAGGAGGGCGGGUCUUUCUGGGCCACCUUUGGCGGUGCCGCCGGUGCCCCUGAGGCCUCAGCCCUGGAAAAGCUCCUGAAGACGCCGGGCUGCAGUGUGGAGGCACUACUUGAUGAGGAGGAGGUGAUUCAGGAGUUCAAGACGGGGAACCCCAGUCUGGUGGCGCGGCUGUCUGAGCCCGAUGCCUUGAAGGUACUGAUGGAUUUCAUCACACGCGAACCCUCGCCAGAGGCCUCGAGCGCGCGGUGCUUCCGGUACCCCUUCGUGGCCGUGGAGCUGAUGACCUGCGCGCCUGGGAAGUUCCUGGACGCGCUCAAUGAAGAAGCGAUGGACCACUUGUGGUCCUUCCUGAGCACCACGACUCCCUCCAAGGUGAACCCGGUGCUGGCGGGGUAUUUCUCUCGGACAGCCACUGCGCUCCUGGGGAAGCAGCGGAAAGAGAUCCUCGACUACAUCCGGCGGAAAGAUCAGCUCGAGGAGUUCCUACGCCGAAUUCACCUGAGGUCCAUCGCGGAACUUUUUGCACGGCUCCUGUCUGCGGAGAAUCAGUCGCAGGUCGUCUUCCAAACCAAUGACCUCAUGAUGCGGCUCAUGAACCGGUGGCAGGAGCAGGAUGCCGAUAGCGACGCUCAAGAGAACAUCACUCUAGUCAUUGCUGAGCUUCUCAGCCAGAAGGACUCGCUGUGCUGGAUCGAGGACCUCACGCAGCAGCUCACCUCUCCCAACACGGUACGAUUCCUGAUCGACCACAUUUUCACGAGGCCUUCCGGUGUUCCGCCAGCUAUGUCUUUGCUUACGACCGUCAUUCUGCAUACGGCGGCUGGUCUGAAAGAUGGCAUGACCGAGGCGUGUGCCUCAACUCCGACGCUGUCUCCACUCUCACCGCACGCCACGAUGAUGAAUGAGGAAGAUGUGGUGAGCCUGGAUGAGCCCGCCGUGGCAGAGGCUGCGGCAUCCAGGGGCGCCUUGUCCCCCCCCUCCACGCCGCAGACUACUCUGAGGAGUGCAACAUCUGAGGAGUGGAUGGAGAGGCGAAGGGCCACGUUGAUGCGAGAGGUGGCAGGUCACUUCCCGCGCCUGCGCGAUCUUCUAGACAACAGCUUAGAAGAGGCGCCGCAAGAGAUGACGAUGCCCCAGGGCAGCAUCCCUGCAGCUGGAGGCACGACGCUGGAGGUGAUCAGUCUGAUCUCCACAGUCGCCAGGUCUGGCUUGGACGUCAUCCUGGAAGCUGUGUUGAGCAAUCAGCUCUUACCCAGAUGUGUUGAGGUGUUUUUCCGGCACCCGUGGAGCAACCUGCUGCAUAACAGCGUGAAGCAGUUGCUGCUUGAGGUGCUCUCUGGCGGAGACAGCCUGCGGCAGCAACUAGUGCGGCAGCUGCUGAAAGAGGCGCGCUUGGCGGAACGGAUUGUCUCCGAGUACGCGGCCGACGCUCAGUGGAAGAAGCAGAGGCACGAGCGCGUGGGCUACAUGGGGCACCUCUUUCUGCUCAGCUGCGAGCUGCAGGACUAUGGCAGCAGGUGCCCGGAGGUGGGGGAGAUCCUCGCCUCCACGCCCGGUUGGCCGGAUGUCCUCGCGCGAAUUGAUGCCACUCAGAAGGUGCACCGCGAGCAACUUGGUGGGGGCGUACCUGCCAGCGAUCGCGGGCUGGCGUCCUCCAACGUGGUGUCUCAGCGGGAAAAAGAAGAGGCAACUGAGCAAAGCGCGGCAUGCCCCUCCUGGAGCCAACGGGUGUCGGGCGGGUAUCUCUCGCAGGAGCCCACGGACCUCCAGGUGGCAUGCCAGGACUCCAGCGCACCGCCGCCGGGUGUGAUGAAUGGCUUGGAUGUGCACGCAGAAGGGCCGGAAGGGCCCAUGCCAAACGGGCAGGGUGAGCAUGACGGCCAGCCAGCCCCCAGGGAGUUGGCCGUCGACACAGAGCCGGAGGAGGCCUUCGACUCCUUCGACCCUGGCAGCCCAACUGCCCCACGGGGAGCUGAAACUCAAGGCACAUCGCAAAGCAACGG